GGGUGGGGGGUGACGUGGCAGAGGGGAUAGGAAACACUCGAACACUAGCCGACGGGAAAGACACAGAAAUUCUGAUAAUCUUUUGUUGUUACGUUUUCAACUUAUUAUUGAAAUCCCUCCACUCCACCUCCCAUCUUAGGUCAGCCUGUCACAUCGGAUUUUCCCUUUCAUUAUUAUCUAUCUAUCUAUCUAUCUCAAUUAUUAGUGUAUUUCAUUUCAUUUCAUUUGGGAGCUUCGACAUAAAUAAAUAAAAAGGUGCGAUGCGAUGCAGUUGGAGUGUUAAACCCUAACACUAUAUUAUAUUAUAUAUGAAGCUGAAGAUGGUGGUGGAUGUUUGAGGGUGAAAUAGAGAGAGAGAGAGAAUAAUGGGAAAUGGAAGCAGAGCUAGGGGAGUGGUAAUGAAGACGCUGUUACUGAUAGGAGGCGCUCUUUUGCUCAAACGACUCACCAAGUCCACCACUCGUUGGGACCAUACUCGCCUUGUUGCUCAAUCCCUCACAGGCCAAAAGUUUUCAAGGGACCAAGCAUCCAGAGAUCCUGAUAAUUACUUCAAUAUCAGAUUGAUGACGUGCCCGGCAGCAGAGAUGGUCGAUGGUUCUAAGGUUUUAUAUUUUGAACAAGCAUUCUGGAGGACCCCUCAGAAGCCCUUUCGCCAGAGAUUCUACAUGGUCAAGCCUUGUCCUAAAGAAUUGAGAUGUGAUGUUGAGGUAAGUUCAUAUGCCAUUAGAGAUGUGGAGGAGUACGGGAACUUCUGUGACCGCCCAAAGGAUCAGCGUCCACUGCCUGAAGAAGUUAUUGGGGAUAUUGCGGAGCAUUUAACGACAGUAUAUCUCAAACGUUGUGAGCGUGGAAAACGCUGCUUAUAUGAAGGUUCAACUCCACCUGGCGGGUUUCCUAAUUCAUGGAAUGGAGCAACGUACUGUACUUCUGAACUUGCAAUUGUGAAGAAUAAUGAGAUACAUACAUGGGAUAGGGGCUAUGAUGACGACGGAAAUCAAGUUUGGGGAGCGAAGGAAGGUCCAUACGAGUUCAAGCCUGUUCCUGCCUCUAGUUUCAAUGACAUGCUUUCUCCUUUAAAUUUCCCUUUUCAGCAAUCGAUGGAGAAACGAAUAGAGGGUUCAUUUGUUUUGCAAGAUUGAUUACCUGUUAGAUAUAGCCAUAAUAUGUAAAUUUCUCAAUAUUCUUCGAUUCUUGUUAAAUAAUGUUUCUUUUUUAUUUACGACCUUUAGCUUUAAACAAUUUUGUUUUGUGGAAUUUUCACAUAUAUAAUGUUAUAGGCAAUAACUUUGGUCUGCAA